UGUAGCUUGCUAGUAGAGUAUCUAUUGCACACAUAUAAAUUAAAACAUACCACUGCCAGUUGGUUUGGGGAUAACCAAUUAUGUUGAGUUUGGCGAGGUAUCCGUGUAUUCCCUCUUAAAUACAUUUUAUAUCGCCCUCUUUUCUUCUGUGGUGUCUCAGCUUCCUGAUCCUGAUCCAUGAUGAAUGGCUUAGUCUUCUUUAUACAUUCACAAAUGGGACAGCAGUCAAGCCUUAGCCACAAAAUGAGCAGGAAAGAUCGCAAGCUUUGAGUCGCGAGACCAUUUCUUGUUGACUACACGGUGAAGUCAAACUGCGGCUGGAAAUUAAUGGUCAGUAGGAUGUUUUGUGUUUUUGGAGAAGUACAGAUAGGCAAAACCACAUUCAUUGAAGGCUAUGAGGAAAUUUAAUUCAAAUUUAACAACAAGGAAUGGGACUCUUGUACGGAGGUACAGGCGAAUUGGCCCAGCGGAAAACUGGGCACAACGCCAUACCAUACGUGGCUAGGAUUAGGUAAAGUUCUCUCGUUAACCCUUUCCAGCCAGAGCGAAUCCUAAAUCCUAAUCCUCUGCUAUACAAUCACAUAUUUCUUAUCUGAAAACGUCCGUAAGUACUUGACAACAUAAGCUGCAAACUGAUCUAAUUGAUUAGUGCAUUGUCAGCGGGAACCUUUUUAUUCAGCCCCAAAUGUUAUGGAGUAAGUGGUAAUUUUAGACCAUGGUCAGAAGAAUGGGUCUGGAGUCUUGCUUUCGCAGAUUUGAUGCGCAAAGUCAAUCAUUUGAGCUGAAAUUACCAAAAAAGAACAAGAAGACCUUGUCGUGUGAGAAGAAUCUGGUGGAUCAGCAUCAGCAACAACUUCUCAAUAAACAAAAAGAAGAAAAGACAGCAACUUUAACUGAAAUCGAAAUGUUAAGAAAGGAGAAUCUUCAAUUGCAAAAAAAAGUGCAAGAAUUAGUGAGAGAAAAGGAGGAGACCACAUCCCUGCAGAAUCUUCUCAAAGAAAUCCCUGGGUUGCUGUUAGAAAUAAAGAGGCUCAAGCAAAAACAAGGGGACAGCAAAAAUUGUGAAGGGACAUCUGUUGUCUACCAACCACCACCGAGUACCUGCAUAAUUCCAAUGGCAGCUUCCUGCCCGCAACCAACAAUGACAUCCUGCCCUACACCAUUAAUACCCACAAAAACCUCCCAAAGGUUGCUGCAAGAUUUGAUGUCCCAAGCAUUUUCACGACAUGAGAUGGCAAGCCACUCUUUGACUGGUGGAAGUUCAAAUGCCAAUGCUGGAGUCCUGCCAGCACCACAGCUUGACAAGAUUAAGAUGGAUGCCAUAUUUUUCGAAAGUAAUGAGUAUACAUCCGGGGGUUGGACUUUAAAAGAAGCUGCAAGAAAUAAAUUAUCAAAUGAAAGGAAACUUCUCUGCAAAGAACAAAAUCCAGAUUAAGGUGGGGUGGGGAAAUCUGUAAAGAACAGUAAU